GUUUGGCGGCUGCUGUUCGCUCCCCGUCAGCUCGACUGUCAAAUUUGCAAAAGCAACAACACUGAUUCAGUCGAAAUUAUCUAAGAACGAGGAGUGAUGAUAUUUUGCAAAACAGGCUGAUUUUUUGGCAAUCUCAGCUGAUUUAGGCUACAACGGUUAUCAAGAGCGACAGAAGCCAUACACGUCACAGCAACACGCAGGGUUCAUCGAACGUGUGCGGAUCGAAUCAAAACGAACUGCUGAAGUGAAAUAAGAUUGGGAUAGCGCAUUGAUAUACGCAGUGGUUUGAGAAAGUUGGCAAAUCAUUCUCCAACCACUGUUCAAAAUGAUCCGCCGCCUUUUUAGCACCCUCAUCACCGACUACCCUCCCGUGGGUGAGUUCCUUCCUGUGGCCUCCUCCAAUCCACCGCAGUCGGCACAUAAUGGGUCUGCCAACAGUAGUGGUUCAUCCUUUCGUUCGCCACACCUGGAAUCGCUCAACUGGCUGCACACUAUUUCACCCUGCUUCCCCGUAUCGGGCGAUCGUAUCGAAGUCAUCUACGAACCGUCCGCCUUCUACAACACCCUGGUGUCGAAAUGUGCCGUAGCCAAGCGGCGAAUUAUGCUGGCCAGCUUAUAUCUCGGAAUCGGUGGCAAGGAGGCCCAACUGGUAACCGCUAUCCACGACAAUAUGAAGCAGAACUUGCAGCUGAAGGUGGAUGUUCUGCUGGAUUUCACUCGGGGAACGCGAGGGGAGAAGAAUUCGCAAACCACUCUGAUGCCACUGCUGCGCGAGAGCGACAAUUUUCGGCUUUCGCUGUACCACACUCCGGUACUACGGGGUCUUACCAAAAAACUUGCGCCACCUCGAUGGAACGAACUACUCGGAAUACAGCAUAUGAAGUUGUACCUGGUUGAUGACACGGUGAUCAUCAGUGGAGCAAACCUUUCCAACGACUACUUCACAAACCGACAAGAUCGGUACGUCAUGAUUGAAGAUCGCAAACUGGCGGAUUUCUACGCAGAUUUCCUCAAUAAGGUGCAGGAGUUCAAGAAUGUAAACCGAAAUGGUGAGGCGUGUCUACAUGACGGUUGGGACAUGCUACCGUACAAAAGCGCCCAGGCGGAUUUUGCAGGAGAGGCUCGUGAGCGGAUACGGAAUUAUUUCAAAUCAGUGAUGGACCGACAAAGGACCGUCUGCGAAGAAGACACAGUUUCCGACACGUGGAUAUUUCCGCUAAUUGAGAUGGGACAGCUCGGAAUUCAUCACGACAGUUUGGCUACCAAGAGUCUUCUUUCGGGCUGUUUGAAGGAUUCGAAACUCAAACUUGCAACCGGAUAUUUUAACCUUACAGAAACCUACAUGGAUACGCUCACCAAAGACUGCCAAGCGGAAUGCAGUAUUCUGAUGGCUCACCCGAAUGCAAAUGGUUUCUUGGGCGCCAAAGGUCCAGCUGGAGGCAUUCCAGCGGCGUACUCACUCAUAGCGCGUAAGUUCUACGAAAAGCUUCAACAAUCCGGCCAGGACCAUCGGGUGUCGCUGUUUGAAUAUGAACGAACCGGUUGGACGUACCACGCCAAGGGCCUCUGGUAUUACCUGCCCGGAUCAACGCUACCGAACGUCACCCUCAUCGGGUCGUCCAAUUUCGGCGAACGAUCGGUUAAUCGUGAUCUGGAGGCGCAAAUCUGCGUCGUCACUACGAACGGUGGGCUACAGCGAAAGCUGCAGUCCGAGUUCGAAAAUAUCCUGCAACAUUCUACGACGGCGGAAGCGGAACUGACGGCAAGGCCGGUGCCGAGGUGGGUCCGGGCCGUGGUCGGACUGUUUAGGAACUUUUUCUAAGUCACCCUCGCGUAGAGUCGAAAUCGAUGAUGCCAUGUCUUCUGCUCUGUCCCCAAGGGAGUAUGUGCGACUGUUGGAGCGGAUUUUUCUGAUUAUUAGCCGUGAAACAAUCGAAUCACCAAAUCUAUUUAGCUAGUUAAGAGCCAAUUCGUUGACUUGUUAAUUUAUUUUAACUUGCGACCUGUAGGUAAACAAAUUGUAAAUUUGAACGCUUACUCAACUUUUAUGAAGAGAUAAAGAGCCCUAUGAUAAUAAAAUACUUAUGCAACAAUGUUGGAUUACUGAAUA